AUGGUUCCUUCCAUGGAUAACACACUUGCCCAGAGUACAGACAGCGCGGCUCAACUGCUGCGGGAUCUAGAGGAUAGCAAAACCAUGCCCCUGUGGACCCAGAUGACAAGGCUGAACCCCCCGGAGCCCAAUCCCACCGCCGUGCCCUUUGUGUGGAAGUAUGACAACAUUCGCCCGAACUUGCUGCGUGCUGGUCACCUGGUCACUGAAAAGCAAGCAGAGAGGAGAGUCCUGAUGUUGGUGAAUCCUGCUCGAGAUGCUCCCUACACCACCGAUACACUCUACGCCGGCCUGCAACUGGUUAUGCCGAAUGAGACCGCUCCAGCCCACCGACACACGGCCUUUGCGAUGCGCUAUAUCAUUGAAGGCAACGGGGGCUUCACGGCGGUGCAUGGCAGACGCAUUCGCAUGCAGAAGGGCGAUGUUAUCCUGACACCCGUUUGGAACUACCAUGAUCAUGGCAAGGAUGGCAGUGGCCCAAUGAUAUGGCUAGACGGCCUGGAUCUACCCAACUUCCGACACUUCCCGGUCCAUUUUGUAGAGCACUUCAGCAAGCCCCGCUACCCGGCGGAGGAUGUCGAUACGUCUGCGUCCCCCAUCGUUUUCCCCUGGAACCAAAUGAAGGAGAGGUUGGACGAGACGGAGGGCAAUUGGGCUACACAGCGCUAUCUGAAAGCUGAUGAAAGGCUGGAUGCGGCCACCUCGUCUCCACGCCGGCAAGACACCCUGUCAGCCGUUUAUCAUGUCAUUACCGGCGAGGGUCACUCAGAGGUGGGCGGCCAGACGUUGGAGUGGAAGGCGGGAGACACCUUCUGUGUACCCUCCUGGUACCCCUACCAGCAUUUUGCUGAUGCGGGAGAGACGGUGUAUCUCUACCGCUUCGACGACAAGCCGAUGAUCACGGCACUGGGAUUUUAUCGGUCGGUAGCGGAUGAUACCGAGACAUUGAUCUCGGACUGA